CUUUGAACGGAAUGUCGUGGCCAGAGUGACCAGUGUUGGACACCCACGAGGUCAGGCAGGACAUGGUUCAGUGCAAAAUUUCAACAUGGCGAGGGAACCUCGGACGCCGACGGCGACAUCCUACGAGAGCGGCAAUGCCAAGCACGAAUGCAACGACGUGUUCUUCCUGCUCAUCUUCCUCGGUGUGUUCAUCAUGACGCUUGUGUUUGGAGUGAGCUACGGCGGAACGCUCGUGGACAUCACCAAGGCCAAGGACCUGAGCAAUUCGUCGGGGUUCAAGCUCGUGCUCGAGUACGCAAUGUAUGCGGGCUCGCUGUCGACGCUCUUAUCCAUCUCAUGGAUUGUCGUGCUCAUCUUCAUGGGCGAGUUCAUGAUCUGGUUCACUCUUGUUUCGAUGAUCUUGGCGUGCAUUGUCGCCGCGAUUUUCAUGACGACGCGGCUGCACGACCUCGGAGACAAAUACUACUGGUGGCCGGCCGCUGUAUUCGGGACCGCUGCGUUGCUUUUGGGAUUGUACGCGUACUGCAUUCGAAACCGAGUGAAGUUUGCAGCGAAGCAUCUCAAAGUUGCCGGGAGCGCCUUGUUCCGCCUCCCGUUGGUCUUUAUCGUGACGAUAGCGAUGGUCGGGGUGCAAUUGGCAUGGGGCGUCGCGUGGGUCGCAGGGACGUUCGGCCUCCUGAACAAACUCGGUUUCAUCAACGUACCAGCCGCGUGCACGGACAACCUGGCCUCGACCGCUUGCAAAGUCGACGUGAAAUACGGUGGCGUAGUCGGGAUGUUCUUCGUGAUGCUGUUUGUGUUUUUUUGGGGCGCGUUGGUCGUCGAAGGCAUUGUGGCGGUCACGGUCGCGGGAACUGUCGGAACUUGGCGCAACAACGUUGCCGCGCCGUGCAUCACCGUUUCGGCGUGGCUUCGCGCGGCGACGCUCAGUCUUGGGAGCAUUUGCUUUGGGUCGUUGGCUGUUGCGAUCUUGGAAACGAUUCGUGCGUUCGUGGGGAUGGUGCAGUACGUUGCCAAGGUCGAAGGCAACUGUGUCGUGAGCUGUAUCGCUGGGUGCCUUCAAUGCAUCCUGUCGUGCAUUCAGAGCUGGAUGGAAAUUUUCAACCGCUACGCGUUUACGUAUGUGGGUCUCCAUGGGUUCAGCUUUGUCACGGCCGGCCGCCACGUCACCGACAUGUUUGCGUCGAAAGGGUGGACCGCCAUUGUGAACGACGAUCUGGCGCACUGGGUCUUUUUUCUCGGCAAUCUCGUAGUCGGCGCCCUCUCUGCGUGGAUCGGACUUCAGUUCGUUACAGUCGACGUUGCCGCCAAGGUGUUUCCCGGUGUUGCCAAGCCCGAAUACUUGGUCGUAGUCAGCGCCUUCUUGAUUGGGUACAUCGUGAACAGUGUGUUCAUGACGGUCAUGUCGGCGGCGGUCACGACCGUGUUUGUGCUAUGGGCUGAAGACCCUCAAGGGUGGCAACUCACCCAUCCGGACCACUACGCUCGGCUCCAUGCGGCAUGGCUCGAAGUGUACCCGAAUGAAUACAACGACGGCCGCGGGAAACCGCAGCAACAGUCUGCGGCUGUGUAAUGACCUCGCACAGCAUCCCGUUCGAUUUUUAACUGCGUUUGAAUCCAAUAACGUACUCCUGCUUUGCCCUGGAUUCCGUGACGUGUUUCACCGACGACGAUGUGCAUGCCAUCGUCGACUUUUGCAUGGCCACUCUCUCUCUCCACUGAAAAUUUGCGGGGUUCGUGAGCUUUCGCAGCUUCCCCAUGGCAGCAUAACGUCCCUGGCAAGGUCCUUUUCCAGGACACUUCGUCGUGAAAGCUUGCAUUGCUUACGCCAGACACCCGCGUUCUGUCGACACGACCCAGCAACGAAUUGCAACAAUACCAACCUUUCGUUCCAGCAACAAGGACCCACAAGGUAGCAGUCAUGUCGGGCAACGACAGCGACAAGAUACGACAGUUCGCUGUGUACCAUGCCCCACGUGCGUGGAUCGGGAAAUGUUCUCGAGGCAUCGUGUUCGUUCGAGAUGGCGCAGUCGGCAUGCACCCUCUUGCAGGACAGCUCGACUUGUGACCUGUAUAUAUGAAUAACCUUCUUCCCGUA